AUGGAGAUCACACUUCUGAAUUGCGAAGCUGAAUUUGAUCGGAAAGCCAUGAUUAUGGCGUUACUUGGAGCUGCGGUGGUUCUCGCGCUUUGCAACAAGCUUCUCCUCCAGGGUCUCAAUUCCCCUCUCAAACACAUCCCAGGGCCUUGGCACACGCGAUUCACGAGACUGGGAUUGAAGCUAAGUCGCUUAGGUGGACGUCGCAUGACGUACGUACAUGAACUCCAUGAAAAGUACGGAAGUAUCGUGAGAGUCGCACCGAAUGAAGUAUCAUGCAUCGACAUUCAAUCAGUUGCUCAAGUCUACAAAGUAAGCGGCGGGUUCGAAAAGGCACAGUGGGUUGGCGACUACACUAAGAAGCUUCCCGCGCUAUCCCUGUCUAUGAUUCUGGACCGCGACGAGGCAAAGGAACGAAGAAGACUUCUGCAAGGCUCUUUCACCCUCUCAUCCCUAAGAUGGCAUUGGGAGUCGGCUGUCAGGAGCAAGAUUGACAUCGCAGUCCAGAAGAUCAAGACCGAGGCUUUGGCAGGCGCAUCAAAUUCUCACAAAUGGUGGACGUUUAUGGCGGCUGAUAUCAUCAGCCAGCUUUCAUUCGGACAAUCAUUAGGGUUGCUAGAGACUGGAAAGAGUACGAUGUACAUGCGAGCUAUCGAGAAUGCUCUGAUAGCGGAUGUCAUUCAGUGCGAGGUACCUUUACUCGCCUAUCUGUCUCAGCUCAUACCCCGAUCACUACUCCAGACCUUCUCCCGGCAGCUUGAACAAGUCAGAGUUGGCGGUGCGGACAGAGUAGAGGGUCUGAAACAGCGAGAAGCCUCGACAACUCCGAGUAUAUUCAAGGAGAUGCUUGCAGAGUGCGAGAAAGAAGGCCGUUCCUGGCUGACCAAAGAUGCCGUCGGGAUGGAAGGCGCAGGUAUGAUGGUUGCCGGAACAGACACAACCGCUGCUGUUUUGACGUACUUGAUCUGGUCGGUGUUGAGUCAACGAGACUUGCAAGAACGGCUGGAGGAAGAGAUUGCGCAACUUGGAGACGAUUUCAUCGACAGACAGCUUGAGACAUGUCCCCUUCUGAGUGCUGUCAUAGAGGAGACUUUGCGCCUGUAUCCCGCCGUUCCAUCGUCUCUGCCUCGGAUCAUCCCAGAAGGGGGCAUUACUCUAUCAUCGUACUUUGUACCUGAAAAGACUCUCGUUUACAGCCCGGCGUACAGUCUUCAGCGCAACCGAAAUGUAUUCCCGGGUCCUCAUCGGUUAGUUGCCUUUCCAUCCAUCUGA